AUGCCACUUAUAUUCAAAAGUGAGGAAUUUAUCAACUACUGUAAAGAACGUGGGAUUUUCCAAAAAUUUACUGCUCCUAACCAUCCUGCAACAAAUGGCCUGGCGGAACGAAACAUACAAACUUUAAAGAGAAGACUUAUUGCUGCUGCCGAUGAUCCAACCCCAAUUACCACAAAGCUACAAAACAUUAUGUUCAGAUAUCGAGCAACACCUUUGGCAUCAGGCAAGACUCCAGCAGAGUUGUAUUUGAACAGGAAGAUUCGGAUUAGACUUGACACACUUCUCCGUAACCCAAAGGCAAAGCUUCCAUCAAAAUCGAUUGCUCCUCUUCGCGUCCGCUCUCUUAAAGUGGGGGAGAGGGUUCAGGCAAGAGUUCACCUGGGAAAUAAAGACAUAUGGCAGUUUGGUACAGUCAAGAGAAAAUUAGGUCAAUACCAUUACAUUGUUGAAUUGGAUUCUGGACAAAGUUUAAAACGACACAUAAAUCAAUUGGUUUUGACUCUUGUAUCCAAGAAGAAAGUUACCUUUACAACACAAAACAAACAAGAUAGUUCUGUUGUUCCAAGAAGGAUUCCUAUUAUAGACUGUCAAGCACCACCACAAGAGAUCCAUCCAGAGUCUGAAUCAAAUACAAACAAUCCAACAGAACUAGACGGUACUCUAAGAGAAGAAAAUCUAGACAGACCUCAAGCCACAGAACAAAAAGAAAACAAAUUAACUCGUCCUUCCAGACAGCGCAAGGUUCCGUCCUAUCUUAAGGACUUUGCUCUCCAGCGAUUAAGUGGGGGAGAAUGUUAUGAACAUAUGUAG